AUGUGCCAAAUUAAUGAGCAGACGGGUCAUGUGGCGACAGAUGUUCAGGCUCUCGCAAAAUACUCAUUUUGCAAUGAUUUCGCCAACAAUUCUCCUGAUCUUCUCGAUUUUUCUAUUUGGAAAUGCUUCGGAAGUCCGGCAAUCGCUUCAAUUCCGUUUGAAACUCAAACAGAAUUCCAUUGGGGUGAAGCUCGAAAUUUGACAAGCCAUUCGUAUGCGGCGCGGGUCUCGACGCGAAGCCAAACCGACGCGCUUAUUCUCGAAUGGAAUCGAUUCGACGAGAAUGCGAUUCUCGAGAAUGAGGAGAACGCCGGAGGAUGUCAUUGCGUAAAAGGCAACUGCGCGUGUUGCAUCAACACAAAAUUGCCGAAAUUCAAGCAUUCGGUUUGUGUGAACGCCACGUACAAUCCCGUCACAAUUGGUUUGGAUUUGUCGAUCGGUAUCGACGGACAUUUUUUCACACAGGAGAUCUCGAUUCGAAAUCCGCCGCCGAUUUGCGUUUCGGUGCCGAUACCCGAAGCCGAACACAUCGCCGGAAUUUGCAUCGCGUUCACCGAUAUGGAUAUUGAUAGAAAAUCAAAGAUUCUCAGCGGUUGCGUCGAAUUCGAAGUCGAGCUUGUGCAUUUGCGAAUAAUUAAAGUGAAAAUCGGCUGUUUUGAAAUGCCGAUUUGA